AUGGAUGAAACCUUAAAUAUAUUUAUAUUGUAGAUGCUGAGAAAAAAUCUUAAAGGGUCUGAGACUAAAGAACUGGAAGUAGUACCUGAUAUACCAAAUUUGGUGCCAUUUGGGGAUGUGGUUGGCUGCCUGGCUAUUCAUUUAAAGAGCUGCAGACAUUUUACACCUAAGAUCGCUUUACAGCAUUACAAUAAUUUGUUCAUCCGUAUCAUGGUAAACAAUGUUGUGAAAUACACAAAAAUGCAUAACUUGUUAUCCAAACAUGGUGAAAAGAACAGUAUAAUUAAGUUUGAUGAAGUGAAGUAUUUUUCAGUACAGGUUCCUAGACGUCAAGAUGAUGAGCGGAAUAAUAUUUACUUGGACCUAAUGGUGUAUGAUGGUAUGGAAAAAUAUCCUCUCUUGUUAGGGAAUGUUCAGGUACACCUUUAUGAAGUAAUUAAGAAAGGGUGCUUUACUGAAGAAUUUCAAAUGUUGAAAAAAAACGCAUUUAUCUGCAGGGUGGAGGUGGAAUUUAUGUUCUCCUAUGGAAACUUUGGUUAUGGAUUUUCACAUCAGUUAAAACCUCUACAGAAAAUUAUUGAGCCAUCCAUGUUUAUGAAUAUCUCACCACCUCCAGAAAGAACAGAUCCUGUGUCAAAAGUUAUUAUACCACAGCCAGUAGAAUAUCCAGCAUUCUUAUCCCCAAACCUGAAUGUUAUUGUUGGAAUGCCAAGUAAAGUGCAGCAACCCAACGACCCAUCUGUUUCGCAAGUUGAUAAACUUCAGCAACAAACCCGGGAAAGGCUGGAAAAAAUGAAGAAAGAAUACAGAAAUUUGAGUACAUGGGUAGAAAAAGCUGGCUAUAUAGAAAGCAUUCUUUCCCCAACGCUGGAACCUAAAGAAGCUAUGGAAAGUAAAACCAUUGAGGUGCCUGAAAUCCUGAGUAAUCAUCAGUUUGAAGAGAAGCCUGAAAAUAUAACAUCAGAUGCCCCUCUCAUAAACAAGGAAGUGGAAACUAUUCCAGAAAAGUUACUGGAUAAUGAUUACAAGAAAGACCUGACCCUGCCAACUCUGAAUUUUUUGUACCAAGAUGAUUCAAAUGCCAUUCCUCCUAAAAGUGAAGAAUCAAGAAAACAAAUACAUCCUUGGAUAAGCAUUUUGUCCCCAGAGAACAAACCAUAUUCACAAGAACUCCAAUCAGAAGCCACACCAGAAAUCAAAGACGGAAAAUUGAAAAACGACUUAUCUUCAUUAGAAGUAAAUUUGAAAGAUAGAUAUCCAAGCCCUUUUAAAAUCUCAUCUCACUCAGAGGUGGCUUUUUCAUCAAAACAGUUUACUUCACCAUUAUUCAGACCGGAACAAGUAGAAGUCAAACCAAAAUAUCAAUUCCAGAAAUUCAACGCCAAGGACGGUUUUGAUCCUUUUUUAAGAAAUAUAAACAACAAAAUGUCAGUCAGAAAAAGAAAAGACCAAGAUAUGUAUAAAUGUGUAAACACUUUAAGUACAGAGGUUAUAGAGCAUGAAGACCAAGAUCCUCCUUACCCAGAACGUUCAAAAACUGCAGUACCUGUUAAUAAAACCUGGACCCUUGAUCCCGAUGUCUCAACAAAGACUUUAGACACUAGUAAUAAGUUUUUAGGAAGAGUAACAAAUGUACCUUUUCCAAAUUUUGAAGGAGAAUCAUCAAUGACUGGAAAAUUAAAUUCACAUCACUUCACAAAGUCAUUGAGUCUUACCUCCAAUAUGGAAAAUUUACAACAAUCAAUGGUGCUCAAGUCAAUUUUAAGUAAAAAUCUGCAAGACCUUUCAGAUUAAUUAUUUUCUAAACCAGAAGUUCAUAUGAACAUUGAAGCAAGCAAGAAAAGUCAUAGUUCUCCACUUAUCAGUAUUCACGGUAAACCAGUGAUUUAUUUGGAAGGCAAAAUAUUCAAAAAAAUUCAAGAUUUAAAAAGCUGGCUUCCAGAAAAAGAUAUUUUAAAUCCAAAAGCUCUUUUAAGUGAAAUAAAUAAAAAUAUUUCUACAGAUUUGCAUUCAGAAGGGGAACCAGGAAAAUCUACAGAGGUAGAAAGGGAACAUGUCUCUGAAAAACCUUUAGAGGAGGGGGAAAUAAUUUUUCCACCGAAAAAGAAGAGUAGUUUCAAAAAGCAUCAUUUACAAAGUGAAGUAUCUCACUCCAAACCAGGUUUAAAUGGCAGUAUAAAUGACUAUUUUAUAAAGCAAAUAUUCACCGCACCAAAUUUCUCAGAGAUAGGAGUAAAAGAGCUGAGUGGGACCCAGCUGAAAUUGCUGAAUCGACUACCCACAGCUUGGCAAGGAAGUUUACCUUCACAUAAUCUACUUCACUAUGAAGAAGAAGAUGAUGAAACAGAAUUGCCACAGCCAAAAUCUAUCAUAAGUCAGAUAAUAGACACAUUUCCUAUAGAUACUCUUAUAGAAUCUGGGGUAAUCAAAGUGAUAGAAUUAGAUAAAGAAUACCAGAAGAGUUCUUUGCUGAAUUCAGAGACAGGCUUUCCUAAAGACAAGUCGAACUAUGCCAGAAAGGACUAUGCAGAAACCAAAGGCAAAAUAGAACCUCUUUCAGAGCAGGAUAAAUCUAUCACACCGAAAGAAACCACUUCUGUCAAUAGAGUUAAAUUUAUAGAUGAAGGCCAAAAUAUAUCCCCACAAGAUUCAAAAUAUCAUUCAACACCAGAUAGAAAAACAGAUUUGCCAAGGAAUGGUCAGAGGCUUUAUAGAGAAGAAAAUUAUCUAAAUUCUAUUUUACAAAAUUUAAGUAACUCAUUAGUGGAUAAGCUUAAUGAGUCAGAUGAUAUAAUGUUGAAAUCCUUUUUUAAAAACAUCCUUAAUGCUUUUUUUAAAUAUCAGUCUGUAAAAAGAAGACAAUCAGAAAGAGAAUCUGAAAACUUAAUUCAACAUUAUUUUCCAAAUGAUACAGAAGACCUUGAAGACAUCAGAGAGAAAAUUGAUAAAGCAGGCAAAGUAGACAGCAAAACUGUUUUGAGUCCAAAGCUGCGUGUAUUUCUAGAAGAACUCUCAGAGAGUGAAAUAAAAAAUUUAAAAUCUGAAUUAAGUAAACAUAUACAGCAUUACCUUGUAGAAAGACUUUCAGAAUCAGGACAUAUCAGCCAGGAGGACUUACCAAAGAUCUAUCAAAAUCUGUAUUUGAUGAAUGAGAAAGCAGAACCGAAAGGGCAAAACAUUUUUCUGGGAAAAUAUUCAGAAACUGUAAAAGAAAUCAUGUCUUUUGUAAAUAAUUUUAAUCAUCAUUUCAUAGAUAAACAUUUAGAAAUAAAGUUAAGAUCUUUUUUAAAUGAAAUUCUCCAAAACUAUUUCCUAGAAAACCUUUCAGAAAGCAGAUUAUUUGAAGAGAUAGAAUCUGAGACUAUACUCUCCAAUAUAUCUUCUCUAAGAACUAAGAGUACCUCGAUGUCUUUACAUGACUUAGGACAAGAUAUUUCAAGGGGGAGUUUUGGUAGCAGGCUUGAAAUAAAUGUGAAAUAUCCCUUAAAUAAUUCCCUACAAAACUAUCUCAUAGCUUUAUCAGAAAAUGAACUAUCAAAUCUAAAAGCUGAUUUAGGCAAACAGCUCCAUAGCCUUUUUAUAGAACAAGUUUCCAAAUCAGGACUAAUCACAGAGAGGCAAUUAGAGGGGAUUAAACAGCAUAUAAAUUUGAUUAAUUCCAGUUCCACACCAUUAACAUGUAUAAAGACAGGUUUAUCUUUUAAAGAUGAAAAUCAGUUUAUGGAGGAACAUUCAGAAAAACAAAAUAAAUCUUCAAAAAUUGUUCAAAAAACUACUUUACAGAAGGUUCCUGAGGAUAGAUCUCUAGAAACAGAAUUGAUGAGAAAGGAAGAAAAGGAAUACUUUCCUUUGCACAAUGUUAAAGAAAAUCCAUCAAUGAUUAGAGAAGAGAAAAGAAAUUACCCUAAAGAAGGAGCUAAAACACUAAGUUUAAUGAAAGUACAACCUUCUUCCAACACAAACACUCAAGCAAUUCCAUUAAAUAAAUCAUCAGAAAGGCUUUCAAAUGUAGUGUUUAAGAAUCAAAGGAAAGAACAUGGUUUCAUACAGCUUCCUCGAGCAGAAAAUUCUGUUUUUAAAGCAGAGAUUCAAGACCCAUUUAGUUGGGGUAAAUCAAAAAUAACUCAAUCAAAAGCUUACUUUGAAAGGACACUGAAAGUGAAGCCCCUUGAAAAAAAGGAGCACAUCAACAUCUAUGAAUUGACUGUACAGGAAAAGCCUGAAGCAAUACUGUCACCAUAUCCAAGAAUUCCUAACUACAGAUUGCCAAGUGAAGAUGAAGGAUACUUAAACAGACUCACUUUACCCUUGUGGCAGAAUAAUACUUUAACUCAUUUCAAUUCAGAGACUGGGGAGAAGUCAAAAUUAGAAGACCAGUAUCGUCAGGGACUGAAAGGAAAUAAUAACAACAAUAAAAAACAUUUAGUAACAUUUUCCCAAUACAAGAAAGAAAUACAAACUCUUUAUAUAAAACCAAAUGGAAUUUGCAGUGGAAAAUGCGUGAAGGCCUCUGAAUCACAAUCUUUUAAAUAUAAUGUUGUCGAAGGUGAGAAAAACUCAAAACCAUCCCUGUUCCCAGAGGUAUUAAAGAGAGAAAGUCUAAAGCCCAAGGUUCGAAAAGAAAGAGAGCAUGUUGGCAAACAAAACAAGCCAUUUAGCAAGAUAGUUAGGAUAUUACCAACCACACUACCCGACACAAGAAUUCAUCUAAGGAAAUCUGUUCCAAGGACGUUGCUUCAUUGGACUGCAAGAAGAACUGUACAUGAUUGUUCAGAUAAAUUUGAGGAUUUACAUAUGACCUCAUUUAAGCAUCUUGAAAAAGCAAAAUCAAGAGCAAGGCUUUUAGGAAAAAGCCCAGAUGAUUGCCAAAAUCAGUCAAAAUACUCCACAAGACCAUAUACUGCUCCCGAGUUUAACAAACGACGACAAAGCUACACUGGAAAAAUUACAAGUCCUCGAAUGGUUUCAGCAGGGUUAGUUCAUAUAAAUGAUACCAUCCCAAGUUAUGAAAUGCGUAAAAUGCAGCAAAAAAGACAAUUAAAAGAGACUAUUGAAAAAUGUUCGCUCAUUUGUGAUAUUAUCCAAAUGUUAAACAGUUCAGAGUAA